CAUCGAUUGUCGUUGCUGAGGGGAUUGACAGUUGUGCGACUGGCACGGGUUUGAGCGCCCUAAGCUGCGUGCAUGUUUACAAUCGCUAACGAUGGAACAGGAGCUGAUCGACAUCGAGUGCUAUCGGAAAACGGUAAAAAACUACAUAGAUCUGCGCCGGUACCAGACGGCUCUGUUUUGGGCCGAAAAGGUAACAGUACUCAGCAAUGGCGAACCGCGCGAUGUGUAUUGGGAGGCACAGUGUAUGUUUCUGCUGCGCGAGUUCCAGCGAGCGGCACACACCAUUCGUAGCCGCGGACUGGAGAAAACUAACCUGCUUUGCCAUUACUUGGCUGCGGAAUGCUUGAACGAAGCCAAGGAGUACCAAGCCGCGCUGGAAAUCCUCAAUGCGGUUGACUGCGAAACACUGUCGUGUGCUAUGAGUGUCCGUAUCGCGUCGUGCACAACAUCCAGCAUGAAAGACGAUUCAACCACGGACGAAAGUCAUGAUGGUAGUGUGUACGAGGAACCGUUCAAGAACGACAUCAUUGCGUCGGUGUACUUUCUCAAGGGCAAGGUACUGGAAUCGAUGGAUAAUCGCAGCUUGGCGAUGGACUGUUACGUCCAAGCGCUACAUAAAUCGGUUUAUUGUACCGAAGCACUCGACGCACUGGUGCAACACGACAUGCUGAUGGCCUGGGAGGAAAAGGAACUGAUCCAGCACAUUCCAAUGGUUCAGCAGUGUACAGAACCGGAACGAAAGGUUCUCAAGCGGCUGUAUGAGAGCAAGCUGAAGAAAUACUACGAGUCGAUUGCAAUGCAAGCCAAUCUGGACGAUCCACCCGUAUCUUCGAUGAACACAAGCCUGUGGCACGAGCUGAAGGAAAAGAUGAAAAACUGUAAAAACAACGAAACGAGUAAAUCGGCGGUUUCGAAGAGCUUCACGCCCGCGCCUCGCUCGAAACAAAAGCCGACCGAGAUCAUGUCACCAGCGAACAAAAUUCUGGAAGACCUUAAAAACAAUCCAUCCUACUUGAUUCACACCUCCUUGACAAGGGCAUCACUUCUCGGCACGAGCCUCACCGGCGGUUCCAUAAUGCUCAGUGCCGGAGGAACGAACAGCUCGCGGCAAGAAACUCCGUUCCGUAUCAAUCGUCCGAAGAUCAACACAGGCGCAUCGACCAUUCCGUAUGAUCAGUGUAUGGAUAAGCUAGAGUCAAGCAUUGACUUAAUGAUUGCACGCGCAGAGAAAUACUUCUACAACUGCGACUAUCGCCGAUGCAUCAAAUUGCUGGAGGAAAUACUGAAAAACGACCCAUACCACAAGCGUUCACUCACGGUACAGAUAGGCUGCCUGAUGGAGAUGAAGGACUGCAAUCGACUGUUUUACGUCGCCCACAAACUGGUUGACUUCUACCCGGAUAACGCCAUCUCGUGGUAUGCAGUAGGCUGCUACUACGAUCUGAUCGGCAAAAGCGAUCCGGCGAGACGAUACCUUUCAAAGGCAACGGCCCUCGACCGGCUGUAUGGUCCGGCCUGGCUAGCGUAUGGGCAUUCGUUCGCAAAAGAAAACGAGCAUGACCAGGCAAUGGCAGCAUACUUUAAAGCAACACAGCUGAUGCGCGGGUGCCAUUUGCCGCUGCUGUACAUCGGGGUUGAGUGUGGCCUGACAAAGAAUCACGCCAUGGCAGAGAAAUUUUUCUACCAAGCGAUGUCGAUCGCACCGCUGGAUGUGUUCGUUUUGCACGAGCUGGGCGUGAUAAAGUACGAGUGUGAACAUUACGAAUGCGCGGAGGAAGUUUUCCGCAGUACCCUGGAGAUGGUGCGGACGAUGGUGAAGCAGAACAAUGAGCAGCUGACCGCCCGCUGGGAACCGUUGCUUAACAAUCUUGGCCACUGUUGCCGGAAAAACAAAAAAUACGAGGAAGCGUUGGAAUUUCAUCGAUGGGCUCUGUCGCUGAAGCCGCUCAAUGCGGCCACGUACACUGCGAUCGGAUUUGUGCAAGCGUUGAUGGGCCAACUGUACGAUGCGGUAGAUUCGUUCCACAAGAGUUUAUCUCUGAAACGGGACGACGUGUUCACCACCACGAUACUGAAAUAUGUGAUCGAAGAUCUGACGGAAGAGCAAACGCUUCCAUUCUACUCUGCGGAAGGCGUAGAGGAGGACUUUGAUGAUAAGGAGGGCGAUCAAGCAGAACUGUCGAAGGACGAAGGACAUAAAGCUUUGACCAAACCGGAGCCACACAACGUUGCCGAUGGUGAUAGUGAGGAGGUUAGCGGUAGCGUUCCUCGGCCUACGCUGCGCAUGCAACUAAAUUUUGACGAAUGGUACACGAAGACAUCGCCGAUGAGCGAUACAAGCGCGGAUGAUAUGAGUAUUGAUAUAUAAAAAAGAUUGCCAUUCGGAACUCGCUCCUGAAAUCAAGUUUGUUGCAAGAUUGUUGUUGUACGACGUACCAAACCUGAUAGAAAACAUGCCAAUACAUUUGUAAAACCCCAAA